GCGAAAACAAGCCAUUACUUCUAUUCCAUCGAUAUACCAGAGAUGGAAAGCUUGAAAAUUCCUAAACAAGAAGUUCACAUCAAAAUUGAUGAUUCAAUAUCGAGCUGUAAAGAGAGAAAGGCUGACCUCCCUCAUGCAAAACCCAUUGUUUUGAUGUCUGUUUUGAAUAGUCUCCAUGCAGGCUAUUUCAGAAUAAGCCUCUCGCUCUGCAGCCAAGCUCUUCUAUGGAAGAUAAUGAUCGCACCUGAUUCACGAAGCAUGUCCCAUUUGCAAAGCAAUCUCCCGUCUAUGGCGUUCCAUCUCUUGUGGUACCUAGCACUUGCAACACAAGUGUCGCUCUGUCUUUUGUACGCGCUGAAGUGUUUUUUCUACUUUGACAUGGUGAAGAAAGAGUUCUCACAUCAUAUUGGAGUGAACUAUCUUUACGCUCCAUCCAUCUCAUGGCUUAUCUUGCUCCAAUCAGCUCCAAUGAUGGAACCACAGAGCAUUUGGUAUCAGACAUUAUUCGCGGUGUUUGCUCUUCCAGUCUUGGCCCUCGAUACAAAGCUUUAUGGACAGUGGUUCACAACAGAGAAAAGGUUUCUGUCAAUGAUGGCGAAUCCGGCAAGCCAAGUAUCAGUUAUUGCAAACCUAGUGGCUGCAAGGGGAGCAGCAGAGAUGGGCUGGAUGGAGUGUGCGCUAUUCUUGUUCUCGCUGGGGAUGGUUCACUAUUUGGUUAUCUUUGUCACACUUUAUCAACGUCUACCGGGAGGUAAGAACUUCCCAACCAAGCUGAGGCCAGUCUUCUUCUUGUUCUUUGCUGCACCGGCCAUGGGAAGUCUAGCUUGGAACUCCAUUUGUGGAACUUUUGAUCCUCUAGCAAAGAUGUUGUUCUUUCUUUCGUUCUUCAUCUUCGUGUCCCUGGUCUGUAGGCCAAAUCUUUUCAAGAAGGCAAUGAAAAGAUUUAAUGUUGCAUGGUGGGCUUACUCGUUUCCCAUCACCUUUCUUGCUUUAGACUCAGUUCAGUAUGCACAAGAUGUGAAAGAUCAGGUCACUUCGGGAAUGAUGCUUAUCUUCUCAUCUAUCUCCGUUUUGAUUUUCCUUGGUAUGAUGGUACUGACAGCAGCAAACAGCAAUAGACUACUCAGAAGUGGUGCUGUCCUCGGUUCUGCAACUAGUCCAGAAGACAAGCAAAACCCGGUUAACCAAAGACAAGUGCAACGUUAGUCUGCUCCAGCUUUUUCCACUUAGGAAACCAAGUGCUUGCUUCUUCAUAGCUUCUAUGUCAUUCCUUAUUAUGCAUAACCCGGUUUUCAGUUGAUAACACUUUAAUUACUACUUUGAUUGUAAUAUUCAUUCAAUCAAGGGUCAUAUAUAUGAAAUAUCUAAAACUCAAAGACCGAAUCACUGAGAUUAUAGCAAUUGCAACUUCGUGUAGUUUUGUAAAUUAUUGAAAAUUGUAACCAAAGUCACAACUACAUAAACUUACACAAUGCCAUUUUGUAAGAAGUUA